UUUCGGAAAGGUGGAAAACAUGAUAAAAAAUGUGAUGGGAUGCAUAAGCGACCAUGAACGAACCUCCUCCUCAAACCAUAAUAGAGAAAACAUUUACAUUUGAGGACGACGAAGACACUUUAAUUGUGUCUAUUCCCGAGGUGCUCGAUCCACAAUAUGGGAUGCAUGUCUGGCCCUGUGCGGUGGUGCUGUCACAGUAUGUGUGGAUAACACGGGAGAAGACACAACACAAGACUAUUCUUGAGCUCGGUGCUGGGGUGAGUUUGCCCGGUAUAGUGGCUGCAAAGUCCGGGGCUCAUGUGAUCCUGUCAGACAGUGCAGAACUUCCCAUGUGCUUGAAGAACUGCAGACGGUCUUGUGACGUCAAUAACCUUUCCAGCACACCUGUCAUCGGGCUGACGUGGGGUCAAGUAUCCCCAGAACUCGUCUCGCUGCCACCGGUGGACAUUAUCCUGGGAUCAGAUGUAUUUUAUGAGCCCGAAGAUUUUGAAGAUGUGCUCGUGACCAUCUGCUUUCUUGUAAGGAAAAACCCCUGUGCUCAAUUUUGGACAACUUACCAGGAGAGAAGUGCUGACUGGUCCAUAGAUGCUUUGUUACACAAGUGGAAUCUGAAAUGUAUUCAUGUUCCAUUAGAAACAUUCCAUGCCAACAAAAAUCAUCUAGCUGGAUCAACACUUCCUGGGGAUCAUACUGUCCAAAUGAUGAUUAUAACAGCAAAAGAGAUGCUAUAAUAUGAUGAUGAUGUUGUUGUAGUGCUUGUAUACAAAAUGUAAACAAUUUUUCAUGCAAUAAAUUACAACCUGUACAUUUAA